GAUCUCUCUUUCCUAAUCCGACCGCAAUAUCGGUCAAGGGUUAACUGCUACUGGCUCAAUUUAUGUGGUGUACUUCGUAACCUUCCAUUGCUCCGCUUUCCCUUCCCACCUCAAACAAGUCUGCGCAACCGUAGUGCGGGGCAUUUCAAGAUCUCUUGAUCAAGGUCUUGGAAGUCGAUCAGCACAUCUUCAUCUCCCUUUUCACUCAUUCUCUCCCUUAUUCCUCUAUCUUUCAGUAUCAUUCUGCAAUGGCCGGCACUGUUCCGAUUGCUCACUCCUUAGGAGACAUCUACCCAACCGAUGAGCUGCAGUCGCAGACGGAGCGAUGGAAGCAACUGUUGGACAAGUUCUGGCAUCUGCAUCGCCAUGCGCCCGAGUUCAUCUCUCGGUCUCCGGGCCGCGUGAACAUCAUCGGGGAGCACAUUGACUAUUCCCUGUACUCGGUGCUGCCCAUGGCCAUUACCGCGGACGCACUGCUCGCCGUGUCGACCGACCUCACACCCACCAAGGAGGGCACUUUCAAAAUCCAGAUUGCCAAUGUGCAAGAGCAGAAGUUCCCGGCGCAUGAGUUUGACAUUCCUUAUGAUGCUGUCGACAUUAACGCGACAGUGCAUGAGUGGACCAACUACUUCAAAUCCGGGCUGCGAGGGGCUCUGGAGCUCCUGCGCAAGAAGCACGGCGCUGACUUCAAGCCCAAGAGCAUGAAGAUUCUGAUGGACGGCACCGUCCCCGCCGGCGGCGGCCUGAGUUCGAGCGCAGCCUUCGUCACGGCGAGUGCUCUUGCGGUCAUGGUGGCUAACGGUGAGCAGACGGUGGACAAGACCGAGCUGACCGAGCUUGCCAUUGUGAGCGAGCGGGCAGUGGGCGUAAACUCCGGGGGCAUGGAUCAAUCCGCCUCGGUCUUCUCAGAGCGCGGCUCAGCCCUCUUUGUCUCCUUCAGCCCGCGCUUGCAGGCCCGGCCAGUCCAAUUUCCCAAGACCAACCCGGAACUGAUCUUCCUCAUCUGCCAGUCCUUCGUAACCUCAGACAAGUUCGUCACGGGGCCCAUCCACUACAACCUGCGCGUGGUGGAGUGCAGUCUGGCGGCCGCCUAUCUCAACGCCGUGCUCAACCCGCCGGGCACCCGUCUUCCCGCAGACGCCUCGCCGCUCGGCAUCAGUCUGCACGGCUUCCAGGAGACCUACUUCGCCAUAACCGAGCAAGCCACAGGCCAAGACAAGGAUGACGCCGCGCAGCUCUCAUCGCUGAUCGACCUGACCAAGCAGGCCGUUACCAAAGACGAAGGCUACACGCGCGAGGAGAUAGCCUCGGUGCUGGGCCUCUCAGUAGCGGACCUCGAGGCGCAGUUCAUGUCGCGCUUCCCCGUGCGCGCAGAGCGGUUCAAACUUCGUCAGCGGGCGCUGCACGUCUUCAGCGAAGCGCAGCGCGUGCUCCGAUUCAUGGCCAUGCUCGAGGGGGACAACCCGGAAUUGGCAGCGCAGAUCGCCGCGGGCGGCGACACCAGCGCCUACAGCGAGGCGCUGGGCGCGCUGCUCAACGAGUCGCAGGACUCGUGCCGCGACCUGUACGAGUGCAGCUGCGACGAGAUCGACCAGAUCUGCGACAUCGCCCGCAAGGCCGGCGCCGUCGGCAGCCGGUUGACGGGCGCUGGCUGGGGUGGGUGCACCGUCCAUCUCGUGCCGCGCGAUAGGGGGGCUGAGGUGGCCACGGCGUUGGGGAUGCAUUACUACCUCAAGAGGCCCCUGACGCAGGAACAGCAGCAGACGGCGAUGGUGAAGAGCACCCCGGGGAGUGGCAGCGCGAUCUACUUGGUUAAGGAUGGGAAGUUGUGAGCGUCUAUUUUGAAGGGUGUAUGAGGGAAGGAGGAGAGUGCGCGGGGGAGGGGAUAUAGGAGUGGAAGAUCGCUUACCAGUCCGUUUCCUUUACCUUGCCUUCCCAGGCUGGACUUGUACCAUACCAUGGGGUAGCUAUAUCCGGGACGGACGAAUGCCAAAUGCGCUGACUGACCUAAAAAUGAACAAGAAGACGGCGAAAAGACAUGAAGAACGUCCUUGAUAUCCUACA